UUUUUCAGCAGCGGGGAAGUGCACCUCUUCUGUCUCAUCUCUUUUCAUAUCUGUCCUCUCAACCCAGAGACAAGGGCAGAAAAUAUUACCCAACAUUUCUUUAUUUGAUCCAAGUUGCCUGCACGCCAACGACGACAAAAUGUUGAGGCGAAAGCCAUCCAAUGUCUCAGAGAAAGAGCAGGUGCAGAAGAAGAAGCUCACACUGCAAAGAUCAAGCAGCUUCAAGGACUUCAUGAAGCCCAAAGUCACCUCACCCGUCACACCGGACAAGGAGUUCGUCCUAGAUGAGACUGUGGAAGGGAGUGUCACGGAUGGAGGGAAAAGCGCAGGCAAACUUGGCAAAAAGUGGCGGAAUGUCAUCUCCCGCACAAUGACACGCAAGACUUCCAAGAUGGUGCAGAAGGUUCUGGCUGAGGAAGGGUCUCUUCAGGGGGAGGGCUGUGAGGAACAGUAUCCCGUCUCCCCCGACUGGGGCGACCAGAGGAUAUCAACGUGCUCCACGGGCUCAGAAGACACGGCUUCCAGUCCUGUCUCCUGCCCAUUUUCUGGCAACAGCGACAGACAGAGCCUGGACAGCGGUUACGGUCAGAGGGACAGCAUAAGACUGGAGGAGAAUGUGGUCCCAUUCAAUGGACCCUUUUGUGGCCGCGCCGUGGUGCACACUGACUUCACUCCCAGUCCUUACGAUGUGGAGUCUCUGAAGCUUCAGAAAGGAGACAUCAUCCACAUCAUCGAGAAGCCUCCCGUGGGCACCUGGACGGGAAAACUCAACCAUAAGGUGGGAUCCUUUAAGUUCAUCUACGUUAAUCUCCUGCCCGACGAGAGCCCCCCUGCAAGGCGAAGACGUUGUGACAGCAAGACCAAGACAAAUAAGUCCAAACCAUCCACUCUGGAAGAAGUACUGGACCGCAUCGGUCUGAUGGAGUUGUCUUCCUUGCUGUCCAUGCAUGGAUUUCAGAACCUGGAAGACUUCAGGGGUCUGAGGGAGUGUCACCUCAAUGAGCUGAACAUCACCGACCCGGAUCAACGCGACAAGAUCCUGAGCGCCGCUGACCUGUUACACGACUCUGAGGAUGAAUCCAGUCUGCAGGAGAAGGAAGAAGAGCAGGUGGAGGAAGGACCCAAGGAGGACAUCAAGGAGCCGAGGGACUCUGGUUGCUUUGAGAGCUUAGAGCAGCUGGAUGUGAGACCUAAGGAAGCUAAAAUGGAUGAAAAGGAUGAGCAGUCAAAAACAAGCAAGGAGACGGAGCAGAAGACCAUUAAAGAUGUCCAACGACACAUGCAAGAGCUGAGUGUGCAAGAAGAAUGUUGAAGGAAGCCUUCAGUGUCAUGCAAAUGUUCUUUUGGUCAUCCAGGAGUUUUGGGCCAGAAGCAGUGGGAGCUUUCUGUUGUGAAGAAAAAAAAACAAAAAACAUUCGACUCACAAUGUAAAUCUGCUGUACUUUUGUAAACACAAACUGUUUCCUAGAAAGUGGCCUUUUCAAAUUGGCAUUAUCUUGUUUUGUGAGAAUUGCAUUUGUUGUUUUGUCAUAAUACAUGUUCUCUGUAAUGUAUUCAGUCCACGCUGUAAAUAGUUUAUGAAUAAAGCCUGAGAAUGUUA